AUGUCCAAGAUCCCCCUCGCGCGCUACAUCUUCCAGCGCCUCCGGCAGUACGGCGUCGACCACGUCCACGGCGUGCCGGGCGACAACCUGCUGCAGGCGCUGGACCACAUCGCGCCGGCCGGGUCGCGCUGGGUCGGCUGCUGCAACGAGCUGAACGCCGCCUACGCCGCCGACGGCUACGCCCGCGUGCGCGGCGUGGGCGCCGUCUUCACCACCAUGGGCGUCGGGGAGCUGUCGGCCGCCAACGCCGUCGCGGGCAGCCAGGCCGAGCGCGUCCCCGUCGUCCACCUCGUCGGCGUCCCCUCUCGCGCGAGCAUGGCCGCCCAGGGUAUCUACCCCAACGUUAUCCAUCAUUCCCUGCAGCCGGGCGGAGUCCUCGAGCCGUUCCGCGAGAUCGGCAGGUUGUUGACCCAGGGUCGUGAUGAGUUUCGCUCCAGUGCUUCGGUGUACGGGGAAGUCACGGCAGGUCAUUUUGCCGCUACGUUUGAUUCCAUGUUGCGAAGGAGUUUUGUCCAGAGCAAGACUAUGUAUUUCCCGUUGCGGGCCGACUUGGUCGAUGUAGGAGUUGACAGCAGCUGGCUGGAGAAAGGUCUCGACGAUGGUGAACAAGGAUUGAGAAGUAUCGAUGAGGAGAAUAUCUUGAAAGCCCUCCGUGAAGCCAAACAGCCCGUGAUUUUGGUAGAUCGAGGUCUUGGAAUCGAUGGCCUCAAAGACGAAAUCAACGAGUUAGUACGCAUCUCCGGUAUCCCCACAUUCUGCAUGCCCUCGGGAGCUGGCAUGGUCGACAACAGCCUACCCAACUACCACGGAGUGCAUUCAGGCCCCUUUGGCCGAAUCGACUCGAUGGACUAUGUGAAUUCUUCCGACUUGGUCCUAACCUUUGGUCCCAUGUUUUCCGACACCAACACAUUCGGAUGGAGGACGGUCCCGAAGGCAUCGGCAGGGAACCCAAACAUGAAGCUCAUGAUUCUAGCGUCCAACACCACGCCCCCAAAGAGAUUCAGCACCAGCUCGACAAACCCAGUAACGCUUGAAAACAUCACCAAGGAGACUCUUCGUAGGGCGAUCGAGAUGAUCAAGCACAACCCAAUCCGCCCUAGAGCAGCCAGGCUCAUAAAAGACUGGCGCGACGCCGGGAAGCCCAAGGCGCUGCACGCCGACGAACCCAUCACGCAGACGGACCUCUACGACAAGCUGAGCACGUACCUGCGGCCGCACGACACGAUCCUCCUCGGCAACGCGACGCCGCUCCUGGGAGCGCGCGACUUCUUCCUACCCGAGGGCGCGCGCGUCAUCGCCUCGGGCCAGUGGUUCUCCAUCGGCCACAUGCUGCCCGCGGCCCUGGGCGUGGCUCUGGCCAAGCGGGGGCUCGAGGGCGCGCGUGGGCGCGGCCGCACGAUCCUGCUCGACGGCGACGGCAGCUUCCAGGUGACGGCGCAGGAGCUGAGCACCAUCAUCGCGCAGCGGCUCGACGUGACCGUUUUCGUCUUUAACAAUGGCGGCUACGCCUACGAGCGGCUCAUCCACGGGCCCGAGGAGGAGUACAACGACAUCGCGCCGUGGAGGUACCUGGACCUGCCGCGUGCCUUUGGUGCGGAUCGCGCCAGGGAGAAGUUUGGCUACGAGACGCAGACGCAUGCCGUGCGGACGUGGGGAGAGCUCGAUGUGCUGCUUGCGGAUGACAAGUUUUGCAGUGGCCCGGGGUUGAAGAUGGUGGAGCUUUUACUGGGCCGCAACGAUGUGCCGGAGCGUUUUCAGACUCUGUUUAGGGGAGCUCAAGAGGAGCCGCGGCUGAUCAGAAAGGUUCAGAGUUGA